GAAACUUUUGUUGUAGUAACGUAUUUUUGAUUGUUUUUAUUAACAUCUCAUAGGUUUGUUUAUAUGUUUUAAAUGUUAAUAUUUUACAUGAGAAUCAAUAACUGUGUGGAAUAAUAAAAUCUACAAAAUGAGUGUAGUUCAUUCGGAUGGGAAUAUAUAUUUAGAACGUCUGCAUAAGAUUAUAGAAGAAAUCCCCUCGGGGGUCAGAGAUCACGAUUUUGAGACAAUCCUUAAAGUACAACAUUCACAAGAGUUGUUGAAAACUACUAACAAUAACAUCAUAUUUCCAGCUAAUCAAUGGUUAGAUAAUGUUUGGAAAAACUGCAAUGUUUCUAAAAAGUUGGAAGAAUUAUCAGAUGUUACUAAAAAUGUAGAUUCUGCUUGGAGACCUGUUACAGGAGAAGCUGAUAUAAGACCAUUACUUGCAAAUGUAUUAAGGGAAAGAAAAAAACGAUUGGAGCAAGAAAUUAAAAAAAUUCGGGAACAAUCUUUGGCUUUAAGAGAGAAUUUGAUGAAUUGUAAUUCGAUAUUGAAUAAUAAUGUUGAUAAGAUGAAGAAUUUUUAUCUAAGUGGUUUUGAAAACAUUGAAAAUAGCAUUCAAAACUAAUGAUUUAAACUUAUUUAAUUCCCUUGACAGUUUUUCAGGUGAUUUUAAAUUGUAAGAAUUAAAAUAAAGCAAUUUUUUCAAAAA